AUGGCUGCAAACGGAGAAACGAAGAUCAACGGUGAAGCUGCACCUGGAAUACUCACAGCCCGUUCUGCAGAAGCACCAUGGUCUGUCGAAUCUGUUCUCGCCAGCAUCCCGGGAGGAGCUCCAGAAGAGAACUCCUCUUCUCCUGUCCCAUUCUUUCACAUGUUGGAGCGUCUGAAGACUACUAAACGUGAAGGAUGGCGUCGAUUUGGGAUCCAACACGGCGAGUCCAUUGCAGACCACAUGUAUCGCAUGUCUCUCAUUACUAUGUUUGCCCCUCCUUCACUUGCCUCGAGAAUCGACAUUCAACGAUGUACGAAGAUGGCUCUGAUCCAUGACAUGGCCGAAGCUCUGGUUGGAGAUAUUACACCGGUUGAUGGGGUUGCGAAGCACGAGAAGAACCGCCGCGAAAGCACAACGAUGGAUUACUUCGAGAAGGGUCUACUGGGACGAGUCAAUGGAGGUAUGACUGGAAAGGACAUCAAAGCUAUCUGGCAAGAGUACGAGGACUCUGAAACUCUGGAGAGCAAGUUCGUUCACGACGUGGACAAAAUCGAAUUGAUCCUCCAAAUGGUUGAGUACGAGAAGGCUGAAGGCUGCAAGCUGGACUUGGGAGAGUUCUCUUGGGUUGCUAGUCGUAUCUCGCUGGAUGAGGUGAAGGAAUGGAGCCGCACUAUCCUCAAGGAGAGAGAGGACUUGUGGGCAGGACGGGAACACAGCACGUAUAGUGAGGAGUCGCCUCCAGAUCCGGUUGCUUUGGCCCAGAAGAAGGAGUACUAUGAUCACAGAACUCCAAAUCCACCCCUUAAUGGCCAUGAUUGA